AUGAAGCCCCUCCACCAACGUCUGAAUCUCUAUCUGAAUGACGAGGAGUCGUACAUCUUUGCGCCUACGGAACCGGUUGGAGCACCACCAUUGUUCAUAUACCGAAGCUCUGGUGAUCUCGUACUCGAGGCACCUAGAACGCAGAUACCAGUCACCGCCAAACGCUAUGGCAAGACAGUAUACGGAAUAUUCGGUCUCAUAACACUAUCUAUCACCGAAUAUAUCAUUGUCAUUACUGGUAGGGAACAACGAGGAGAGCUUUUUGGACACCCUGUAUACCGCGCCUCUGAGUUCGACAUUCUGCCGUUGGACCCAACCGUAUCUGUGUCAAGUCCACCGCAUCCCGUCGAGGCCCACCUACUUGCACUAGUCCGCUCGCAUCUCAACAGUGGUGUCUUCCUGUUCAGUUACGGCUACGACGUGACAAGGAGGCUACAGGCGCAGUGGGUUGCUCAAGAGCAGGACCAAGGUAGAGCGUUCUGGGAGUCGGCUGAUGACAGGUUUUUCUGGAACAAAUACCUCCAAUCACGCUUCAUGGACUUUACUAUCUCAAAUCCCCAAAAUGACCUGAGCCCAUACAUCCUCCCAGUGGUCUAUGGCUCCUUCGACAUCCGACGAACUACCCUUGCAGGACGCAGUCUUCAAGUUGGUCUCAUCUCUCGCCGGUCAAGAUUCCGCGCUGGAACACGCUACUUCCGUCGUGGCGUGGACCACGACGGCCACGUCGCUAAUUUCAACGAGACGGAGCAGAUCGUGCUCAUUGGGUCAAGGGGUGAUCCAGAGGAAAUCGCUACGAGGCUUAGCUUUGUCCAAAUUCGGGGCAGUGUGCCCGUAUUUUGGGCGGAGGUGAACACGUUGAGGUAUAAGCCGGAUUUGCAGGUCAUGGACAUUCAAGACGGUGUCGAUGCUGUCCGUAGGCAUUUGCAGGAGCAGGUUGCUUUGUACGGAGAACAGACUCUCGUCAACCUUGUGGACCAGAAGGGCCACGAGAAGCCCGUGAAGGAAGCCUACGAGCGUUAUGUUGCUGAGGCCAACGUUCCGGGAGUCAGAUACCAAUACUUUGACUUCCACAACGAAUGCAAACACAUGCGCUGGGAUCGUAUAAGCCUGCUCCUCGACAGCAUCCAGGAAGACCUUCUCCGAGACGGAUACUUCCGCGUAGAUGCAGGAAGUCCGGAUCCUAUCAAGUGGCAGCUUGGCACGGUGAGGACGAACUGCAUGGAUAACCUCGACCGCACAAACGUCGGACAGGCUGCUAUCGCAAAAUGGACGCUCAACCUGCAGCUAAAGACCGUUGGAAUCCUGCUCGAGAACGACUCGGUGGAUAACCACGAGGAGUUGAACACGCAUCUGCGAGAAAUGUGGUCUGAGCAUGCAGAUCUCAUUUCCAAAGCUUACGCCGGUACGGGCGCGCUGAAGACUGACUUUACGCGCACGGGGAAGAGGACGCGUGCUGGGGCCUUCGAUGACUUCAAGAAGUCUGCCCUCCGCUACCUGAAGAACAACUUCUUCGACGGUGCUCGACAGGAUGCCUACGAUAUUAUCACGGGUACUUGGGUCCCAAGGAAAGGCCCCUCAUCCGCAUUGUUCCUGAUACACGACAAACGGCCUCUCAUCAUCCGCGCUGCUCCCUACGUCCUGUCGUUCUCCUCGUUCAUGAUCGUGGCCGGCCUCACACUGCCACGCACCUCCGACUAUUCCCUCUUUUACUACUUCCUCUUCUGGGCCUUCAUUUUCACCGUCUCCCUCACCUUCAUAUUUAUUUACGGCAUCGAUUACGUCGCGUGGCCACGACUCAUCCCGCCCACCGAUGUUAUUCACUACGAUGGGCCUGGAUACAGGUCGGCCAACAAGGGUAAGGGCUUCGGGCUGAACGUUGGCAGGCUGAAGGAAGGAGCGGGCGCGAAGUGGUUGGCGAAGCCUGGGAUGAGGAGAGGAGAUAGGUUGAUGGAGGAGAUUGAGUUGGGGACUAAGAAGAGGAUGGACUAGGAUGCCUCCAGGAGGUUUGUCCACGAUUGGUGUGAUUGUCCUUCGCCCUUGUUCUUGUUUUAUUGGUGCUAGUGACCGUUGAAUUGCCGCUGUCGCCGACCUAGUUAUUAUCGUAUGCGCCCGGCCCUGCCCGGCCUCUACCCGUUUCGUAGUCUUCUAUGAUGUGUUUUUAUAGACUUCGUCUUUCUUCUCAUGCUUUGGACGUCUCUACUUCUCAUACGAUUACAUUGUUUCCGGACUUUACGCUCUCUGCAAUCCGCUUCCAGUUCUAUUAUAAUGACCUC